CAGACGAGUCCAUUUCCCUCGUUACAGACAGUGCGAACAAGCAAACUCCUGUAGACGUACUCGUGGCGGCUCGUCAGUGUUCGAAGACAUGCUGUCAGUAACGUUAAGACAACUUGCACGCCCCCUGAGCCACCGUGCACAUGGCGCACUCAGGACGGCAGUUCGAGGACAGCACUCGGCGGCGGCCUCACGGGCAGCGGAGCGGGACAAGCCGUGGACGGGUCAAGAGAGCCUGGCACAGGAUGACCCCGAGAUGUGGGACCUCUUGCAGAGGGAGAAGGACAGGCAGUGCCGCGGCCUGGAGCUCAUCGCCUCCGAGAAUUUCUGCAGUCGCGCUGCGCUUGAAGCCCAAGGAUCUUGUCUGAACAAUAAGUAUUCGGAAGGCUACCCUGGGAAAAGGUACUAUGGCGGUGCUGAGGUUGUGGACCAGAUUGAACUGCUCUGUCAGAAACGGGCCCUGGAGACAUUCAACCUGGACCCGGCUCAGUGGGGGGUUAAUGUGCAGCCCUACUCGGGGUCCCCUGCCAACUUCGCUGCUUACACGGCUGUCCUGCAACCGCACGACCGCAUCAUGGGCCUGGACCUCCCUGACGGCGGACACCUCACACACGGCUACAUGUCGGAUGUGAAACGCAUCUCCGCCACCUCCAUCUACUUUGAGUCCAUGCCCUACAAGCUGAAUCCUAAAACAGGUCUCAUUGACUACGACAUGAUGGAGGUGACAGCUCGUCUCUUCCGACCCAAGCUGAUGAUCGCAGGCACGAGUGCCUACGCCCGUCUCAUUGACUAUGCCCGCAUGAAGAAGCUGUGCACAGAGGUGAAGGCCUACCUGCUGGCUGACAUGGCCCACAUCAGCGGCCUGGUGGCGGCCGGGGCCAUCCCGUCCCCAUUUGAGCACGCAGACCUGGUUACCACGACCACUCACAAGUCUCUCAGAGGCUCCAGAGCUGGCCUGAUAUUUUACCGGAAGGGGGUGCGCUCCGUUGACAAGAAGGGAAAAGAGACACUCUAUGACUUGGAGGACAAAGUCAACUUCUCAGUGUUUCCGUCCCUGCAGGGUGGUCCCCAUAACCACGCCAUCGCUGGUGUGGCUGUUGCCCUGCGCCAGGCUUCAACAUCUAUGUUCAAAGAAUACAUUGCUCAGGUCCUUCGCAACGCCAAGGCCAUGGCAGAUGCCCUCCUCAGGAGAGGGUAUACUCUGGUGUCAGGAGGUACAGACAAUCACCUUGUCCUUGUGGACCUGCGGCCUCAGGGCAUGGACGGGGCUCGAGCUGAGAGAGUCCUAGAGCUCGUGUCCAUCACUGCCAACAAGAACACCUGCCCAGGGGACAAAAGCGCCCUCACACCCGGGGGUCUUAGGCUGGGAACCCCUGCCCUGACUUCGAGGCAGUUCAAAGAAGCUGACUUUGAGAAGGUGGUGGAGUUCAUGGAUGAAGGGUUCAAGAUUGCCUUGGAUGUGAAGAAUAAGACAGGAAAACUGCAAGAGUUCAAGUCCUUCCUGCUGGAGGAUCGUGAGACAAUGGCUAAGAUUGCAGACUUGCGGCAGCGCGUGGAGGCUUUUGCACGCCCUUUCCCCAUGCCUGGCUUCCUCGAUCACUGAGCACAGCAGAGUAGAGCGACGUGGGGUUCAGGUUCUGGGGCUGGCAGGACUGGGGACACUCUACAAGUGGUGCUGCAAACACACAGUUUUAACAUUUUGAGUCUUAGUUGAAGCCAUGCGAGUCAUGUGGCCAGUGCCACGUGAGGGUCAUAGGCUCAUUGGACAGUUUUGAAAAUCUUAGUUUUAUAGUGUCUAUAGGCAAAGACUGCUUCAUUGACCCACUUUGUUUUUCUCUGCAAAGAACUCAAGCAAAAAAUUAAAAACACAACUGAAUUUAAAGAAAUAAUUUUCUAGAUGGCUUUAAGUUUGACAUUAAAUUCAGUUUCAUAAUAAUAUUCUAAAAUGUUUUAUCUAAUGUGGCUGGAAAACCUUUAGAAAUGGUUUAUUUUUGAAAAGGUUUUCAUGCUGUAAUUGAGGUAUGACGCACUCUCUCUGGCCAUGCAAUUUUUAUAAUAACGUCGCUCACUUCAGCUGAUGCUGGGGGCUCCGUUUGGAGUGACUGAUCAAUUAGUAAUCCGGUCCGGGAAAAUAUGGAGCGUAGGCAGGACGGGACAGCCCCUUUCCUGCAUGAAGCUGCUGGACUCCGUCUGUUUCACCCUCUGGCUUCACUUCAUAGCGAGCUUUCAGCUUCUUGUACAGGAAGUCUUAACAGAAGGGUGGGUAAACAUCCAACUUCAGUCUUCUGAUGUAACACAAAUAAGUAAUAACAAAGGUAAUAACGAAAGAAAAUCCACAAUUAUAACAGGCAUACUAAAUAGCUUGACUUUGUCUUAUCUUUCUAAAAACGAAUGCCUCGAAAGCUUUUAAUACAUUACUUUUACGUGGAUUGUAAUGUAAUAUAAGUGGUCUAAAGGUAUUUAUAGUAGCUUUUUGUUGCCUGGGCCUCCCUACCACUUCGCACUGCAUCAGUGAACUCUAGGGGUUUUCCUCUGUUGGGGAGUUGACUAGCUGUACAGGCACAGCACAGGGAGAGGGUGGCUUUGGCGCCGAAGGGUCGACACGGAGCCUGUGAAAUCCCUACGUACGUGUUGGAGUUUUUGUCGUAGACGAUGAGAAAUUUCUCUCAGGGUCUGCCUUCUAUUGGUAGUUCUGGCUUGGACGACUUCCAUGGAGCUUCCGAAUGGUUGGAAACUCAUACAUCAGCGUCUGCUCACUUCUGACCUCCCACUGGGGCUCUGCUUUUUUUUUUCCAUGAUGAUCACAGUUGGUUCUUAAGGUGGUUUUGUUGUCCAGUGCUGGGAAGCCAGUGUUUUUCCUCAAUUGCAAAUUUAUUUAAUCUUUUCUUAUGGUACUCCUGUCUAAAUAGUAUUGAAAUAAAUAGAAAUUUAAUACUAAUAAAAUGCUUUGUCAUUUUAGUUCUUUUUAACAUUGUACAGUAAGUCUAUUUCCAUUAGUAAUAUGACUUUUGGUUUGAUGUUCAUGUACAUAAAGACAGGAAGCGGCAAAAAUCAAAUUCCUCUCAGCCUUUUUUUAAUGCCAGUUGUAUCAAGUCCCAAACAAGAAGCAGCCUUUGGAAGAAACUAACUCUGCUAUUGUGAUUAAGGACAGGGAGCCUUUAAUCUUACAUUUUUCAACCUUCUCUUGAUCUGGUGUCUGACUGACAUAAGGAACCUUUUUAAUUUUCUUUCCACUCUGAUUGUUAUUUUUGUGUAUGAAACUUCCUUUUUCUGCAUCAUCCCUCAGGGACACACAAUUUGCAUUUCUAAGUUUUAUCCAUACAAGCCCUCCAAACGUGUGCCUUUU